UCCACCGCGAUGAAGCACGCAGGGACUUUGAUGCUAGUUUUAGUGGCAUGCCACGUUUAUGGAUCACUGCGAUUGCUCGAACCUAGCUGCAGUUCAAAGAGGAUGAGCCGCUUCAGAACGAUAGGUGGCGAGGAUGCUGAACUGUUCUCGACACCAUGGAUGUCAUAUCUGCAUAGAAAUGGGAAAUUUAUUUGCGCCGGAUCACUAAUCACUUAUCGCUUCGUUCUCACUGCUGCGCAUUGUAUAAGAUAUCGGGAUCAUAUAGUGGUGCGACUGGGCGAAUACGAUGCCAGGACCCAGACAGAUUGCCGGCAACAAGGUUGUGCUCGGUUUGAAGACUUUGACGUCGAGUCCUUCCAUCCGCAUCCUUACUACACGACUAUCUUUCACUUUGAUAUAGCUCUCAUUAAACUCUCAAGGAAUGUGGUGGCGCAAAGUAUACCCCAAUGA